UCGGCAUGCGGGUUCGCUGCUGUCGGCUGCAUCCGAACACCAACCAACCACCGCCAACAGCGAUCAGCUUUGGAGCUCGGCCUCGCUCCAGCCACCUCGCCGUCCUCCGUGCCCGGCCGUGGCGGGCUCCGCGGAUCGCUGCCCCAAACCCAAAGUCCCGGCCCCUCGAGACCAUCUGCUGCGGCUGCGCCAUCAGCAUCGAUCAGGGCACGAAGAAGCUGAGGGGGGACAAGUAUUUCCCGGUGGAGAUGAUGGUCCGUGACUGCGAGCUUGACAUGUACGGGGUCGUCAACAAUGCUGUGUACGCGGAGUACAUCGACAAAGCUCGGGAAGAGCUUGCUUCGAGGCUUGGCAUCAGCAGAUGCUCUAUCGCAAGCACGGGUAGAGCGAUGGCACUCUCCGAGCUGAACCUCAAGUACUUCGCGCCUCUAAAGCGCGGCGCCAGGUUCGUUGUUCUGGUGAGAGUCGUCCAAAUCAAGGGCGCGCGGAUGUUCGUCGACCACUUUGUCGAGACGCUGCCGGAACGCAAGCUCGUCCUGGAAGCAACGGCCACCGUGGUCUGCCUCAACAAAGACUACCGCCCGACGCGCAUGUUCCCGGAGGUGGCGUCCAAGUUGCUGAGCUUCUUCUCGUCCUAGUAGUUACCAUGGAGUACUUGAUGGCAACAAGCCGAUCGACGUACGUCGUCGUGGUAUACAGCGUAUCUAGUUCUUGGUGCGUGCGUGCUCAACUGCUGUUAACUCCAGCAUCCAGCGUAUGAGUUAUGACUAAAAAAAUCUAAAACUUUAAAACUAAAACCCCAUAGCCGAAUGAGCGAUCGUACGUAUCUCUGUACGUAUGUACGUGCUCGCGGUGAUCGAUGUCGUGCGUGUAGAAGCCCGGCCGGAAGGCUCUGCUUCGUUUCCCGGUGAUCGCCAGCAAAAGAAAAGAACUGCCA